ACAAACCUGCAUACGAAAUAUGAAUGAUGAAAGGCAAGGUUCGGGUCUCCUAAGUUGAAUUUUGAAAGAUGCAGAAUCUAAUCAAAUGUCCAAGGCGACAUUAUACGUUGCCAAGUCGAAUAUUCAGUUUUUCACCGAAAAAUAUUUAUCUUUCAAAGAAAAAACUUUUCGUCGACGUUAAACAUUUGAGUUAUUCGCACAAUAAUGGAGCUUAUAGGUUAUUUCUUCCUAUAUCUUAUCAUGCUUACAAGAAGAUACAUAAAGAACUUCAUGCUAUACAAUCAGUAUUAUUACUCAGUGGCAAAUUUAGCUUUCUUCCGAGAGUCAAUAACAUCAGAUAUUUCAAUACUACCUGUGGUAAUUCCAAUGAACAAUCAGCGAAAGACUCAGGGUCUGAAGAUCCAAAUAAAAAGCCUGACAAAAAUGAACAAAUGUUCUCAAUUCUCACUAAAAUUCUCUUCAUGUCAUUUAUUCUAGCAUUUAUUACAUUAGCCAUAUUGAGACAUCAAUUGGAUACAAAUCCAGAAUAUGCAGUUGUUAUCUCUUGGAAUGAAUUUGUACAUGAAUUCUUAAGCAAAGGAGAAGUCGAAGGAAUUAUUGUGAACCCUGGUAUUGACCAAGUUAGUGUUAUAGUAUACAAUGAUGCUAUUAUUAAAGGAAGAAGGACUCCAUUCAAGAGAUAUUUCUUAUCUGUUCCAUCUGUCGAAAAUUUUGAGGAAAAACUGAGGAGAGUGGAAAACAGUCUUGGCAUAAAACCUGGCCAAGGAGUACAAGUAGUUUACCAAAGGGGACAGGAAAUCAUUGUGAACAUAAUAAGACUUUUGUUUAUCGUGUCGAUUAUGGCUGCUGCUUUUGCUUUCAUAAGCAAACGGUUUUCCUUCAAGCCUUUCGAAUUUAUCUCGCAAAUGAAACAGGCAAAGUUCACUUUAAUCGAACCAUUAAUAGGAAAGGGCAAAGGCGUGCAUUUUGCCGACGUAGCUGGACUACAAGAAGCCAAGAUAGAAGUGAUGGAGUUUGUCGAUUAUCUGAAGAAACCAGAACGUUAUAAAGUGCUCGGCGCUAAAAUUCCACAAGGUGUUUUACUUUUGGGUCCUCCCGGAUGUGGUAAAACAUUAUUGGCCAAAGCUGUAGCGACUGAGGCAAGCGUUCCUUUUUUGUCUAUGAACGGUUCCGAAUUUAUCGAGGUGUUUGGUGGUUUAGGAGCUGCUCGAGUCAGAGAUUUAUUUAAAGAAGCUAAAAAGAGAGCACCAAGUAUUAUAUACAUCGAUGAAAUUGACGCAAUCGGCAAAAAACGUUCGGAGGAUUCAUUAGGAGUCGGCGAUCGUGAAUCUGAACGAACAUUAAAUCAACUUCUAGUAGAAAUGGACGGGAUGAUAUCAAAGGAAAACGUUAUUAUAUUGGCCUCAACGAACAGGGCAGAUGUAUUGGAUAAGGCGUUAUUGAGACCCGGCAGAUUCGAUCGACAUAUCUUGAUCGAUUUUCCCACGUUAGAGGAGAGACAACAAAUCUUCGAGACUCAUCUGAAAAAAAUAUCUUUACAAAACAAACCUUCGAAAUAUUCGGGAUAUUUGGCUUAUCUUACACCCGGUUUUAGUGGUGCUGAUAUAGCAAAUGUUUGCAACGAAGCCGCGCUACAUGCCGCAAGGGACAAGAAGAAACAAGUAGAUAGCAGUGAUCUUAUAUACGCGAUCGAUAGAACAAUCGGUGGUUUGACAAAGCGAAACAAUUCGUUAACACCGUCUACGAAGCGUAUCGUUGCCUAUCACGAAGCUGGUCAUGCGUUAGUGGGAUGGUUAUUGGAACACACUGAUGCCCUGCUCAAAGUAACAAUAGUGCCGCGAACCAAUUUGAAACUAGGAUUCACGCAACACACCCAAUCCGAUCAGAAGCUUUACAGUAAAGAGCAACUUUUCGAACGCAUGUGUAUGACGCUAGGUGGUCGAGUCGCGGAAUACGUGACGUUUGAUAAAAUUUCGACGAACGCCGAAAACGAUUUGAAGAGCGUGACAAAGAUGGCAUAUCAUCAAGUUCAACAAUAUGGAAUGAGCCCAAGUCUAGGUUUACUUUCUUUUGAGGAAGAACAAAUCAGCACGAAAAAUAGGAAGCCAUAUAGUAAAAAAUUAGCCAAUUUAAUGGACGCCGAAGUAAGGAAAAUAAUAGGGGAAGCGUAUAAGCGAACUCGACAAUUGCUUUUGGAAAACAAAGAUAAAUUAGAUACUCUCGCGGAAGCUCUGUUAAGGCAGGAAACAUUAUUGUACAAUGAUGUGGAAAAAUUAAUUGGACCACCACCAUAUGGAAAGAAGCGACUCGUGGAACCAGCAGAAUUUGAAAGUUCUAGUCCAGUUAGAGAAUCUCCGUCAGUAAACGCGGAAUCGACGGAAUAAAGCGAAUUGAAUAUUCCUUGUAGAUAUUUAUAUUGUGCAUAAAGAGACGAACGUGAUAAAAUAUAUCGAAUAUAUUAAAACUUUUUUUUUGUAAAUUUAAGACAUUUAUGAAGUUCUUUUUUUCCAUUAUAUGUACAUAUUUUAUGUAUCAUGUUCUGCAAUUAAAUUUAUGUAAUAAUAACAGAAUCAUAGAAAUGGAAGAAUUAUAUUUUUAUUUUGUAUUUAAAUAGAAAUAAAGUUUGCUAUAACACAUAGUUGGUGGAAAAUAUAGGAAAUAUAGAUUUAAAAAACUGUUAAGUCUAGAAUGUCUCAUAGUAUCAAUUUCCUUUUCAUUGCUCUUUUCGAUCAAAAAUAGAUACACAUAUUUUUCUAUGUAAAUAUAUAUAUGUAUAUAUGUGAGUAACUAAGAUAUAUUUCAUGAAAAAUCAGAUGUCUUGUACUAUAAUGUUUGCUUAAUAUUAGGAGAAACAAUCGCAAGGAUACAAAUGUGCAGUAAAGUAGAUACUUGAAGUAUAUGCACUUUACAUGCACUUGAUUUGCUCUUAUAUAAGAAAUAUAUACGAUAUCAAACAUGUAGUCGUGUAAUAGAAAAAAUUACAUCUUAGGAUAUUUGCAUCAUUAAUUUUCAAAAAUAAUUUCGGAAAUCGUCAUCUUACCAAUUAAAGACCAAAAAA